AUGAGUUCCCGAUAUGCUGGAUUCGGUAGUAAAAAUGAUGACAAUGAAAGUACUGAAAAUUUUGUUACUAUUGGUACUCAUUUCGAUCCAGCUGAACCCACUAAUAGUACAUCAAUUCUAGCUACUUUAGGUAGAAAAGCAUCAAAACUUGUUGAUCUUUCUUCAUCUAGUUAUGGUUAUGAUGGAAAACGUUUUCAUGGUGCAUUUACUGGUGGUUUCAAUGCUGGUUUUUAUAAUACAGUGGGAUCAAUCGAAGGAUGGCGACCCAGUGAAUUUAAAUCAUCUCGAACAGAACGUGCUGAAAAACGUAGCUUUGAACCAGAAGACUAUAUGGAUAAAGGGGAUUUCGGUGAACAUGGUAUUAAUCCAAAACAGAUUAAAAUUCGAAGUACAUUUGAUCAAAAUGAAGCUGUAACACGUAGCGGAACGAAACAACCAACAGGAACAUUAAGUCAACGCACCAAUGAAGAUAUAUUACGUGAUAUGAUUCGAGUCAAAACAUUAUCUAUUGGUAAAAAAAUUCUAAUGAGUAUGGGUUGGAAACCUGGUGAAGGUGUGGGUGCAAAAAUGUCUCGAAAACAUCGAAAAAAAUUAAAAUGGUCUUUAACACAAGAAGCAUCUAAAGAACUUCCUCCGUCACCUCCAAAAUUAGAUCCACAACAAACACCCGGUGUUAAAGUUUAUGGUGUAGCAAUGCCACCGCCUUCUUUUCAACAGAAUAUGCAUAAAAUAUCACGUUUAGAUGAUGACGAUGACGAUGACGAUUUUGAUGAGCAACUUUAUGCGAAUGUUAGUCUACCUCCACUAGAUUAUGAAGUACAUUUUCAAUUACAAAAACGUGAACAUCAUGGCAUUGGUUACAAAGGACUUGAAUCAUUAAAUUUAUUUGGGCAUACUAAUCUAUUCGAUCAACCAUCUGUUGAAAAACAAAUAAAAAAUGUUAAAAUUCGUGGCCAAGCAUUUGGUGUUGGUAUUGAAGAAGAUGAAGAUGAUAAAGAUUUAUUUGCUGAAGAUGAUCUUAAACAAUAUGAUUAUGAAUUAACAACACCCAGUGAUAGUACGACAGAUAUUAUGCGACAGAAAGCACAAGAAAAUAAUUUUGUACUAAAAUUCGUUCGCUAUCAAUCGAUGUCAAUGCCUGUUGUUUAUCCACCACCAACAUUACCAAUGGAUUUUCGUGUUGGUCAUCGCUUUCCUAAAUCAGCGAUGCCACCACCACUGCCUCCUCCUCCUGUUCCAUCAGCAGUAACAUCUACCAAUGAACAACAACCGAGACAGCCAUCGGUUCAACAUGAUGCAAAUACUCGUGGUCUUCUCCUUGGUGAUCUUUCAUUUCUCUCUCGUCCACCGCCAAAUGUCACUGUGCCACCUUCACCAAAAGUAGAGGUGCCACCUGAAAAAGUAACACCAGCUCCAACUCAGUCACUUGCAUGGGAUGUCGAAAAAGAACGUUCAGCAAAAAUAACUCCUGCGCCAACAGACAGCGCACGUACACAAUUUCUUGAGGGUGUUAAAAAUCGAUUUACACCUUCUUCGGAUUAUAUUCAAUUAACUGAACGUCAAUCGUUAGAAGUUGCUCUCGAAAAUGAUCUGAAAAAAGCUGUCUCAAUGAAUCUCUACGGUGAUUUAACUCGAUCUACAACUGAUUGGAAACCAAAUCCAUUACUAUGCAAACGUAUGAAUAUUCCAAAUCCAUAUUCAGAUGACGCUUAUGAUGAUUCGAAAGAAUCGAAGAAAUCACGACGACAAUUAUGUUCAAAUCUUUUUGAACAUCUAUUUACACAAUCAACUACAGAACCAGCCAUUUCUUCUGAACAAUCUUCUCCAACUAUAACACUGCCAAUAAUAACAUCAAAUUCAACUGAAACAAUGAAACCAGCACAAACAAUUCCACCAAUUGUUCCAAAAGCACAGCCUCCUGCACCUCCUAAAUUAGAAUUCGCUACUAUUGAAUCAUUUGAAAAAGAAAAUCAAGAACGUCCUCCAUUGGAUUUGUUUUCAGCAAUUUUCGAUAAUCAAAAUUCUGAUGAAGAUGAAGAUGAUGACAAUGAGCAAGAAGCGCAAGAAAAAAAGCCUAAUGAUAUUAUUUCAAAACCAAUCAAUCCACCAAGUACUUUUGUGUCAAAUCCAUCGAUUACAAAACCAUCAGCACCAUCAAAAACAAUCCAUAAGCUUGAUAGUGAUACUUCCGAUAGUUCAGAUUCAAGUAUUGAAGAAAUUGAAGUGACAGCUGAAUCGUCCGCUAUGUAUGGACCAACUGUCCCCAGUGCUCUUCCGUCUCGGCCCAAAGCCGAGCGUGACAGUUCAAUCUGGAUUAAAAUAGCAAAUACAAGUGAACAAUAUGAAGAAUUAAAACAGAAGAAAAAACACAAGAAAAAGAAGAAACAUCAUAAAAAGGUAUAA